UGGCGUUGUCAACUCGGAAUUUUCGAGUCUGGUCUCCAUUUGUAUUUGAUUUUAACAGGUGGAUGCUUGUAGUAUCUCAUUUGCUCUUAAUUUGCAUUUUCUUGAUGAGUAUUAAUGAUGAUCACCUUCUCAGGUGCUCAUUAGCCGUUUUGAUAUUUUCUGAAGUACCAUGCUCAAGUACCCAAAAAUGAGUUGGUAUUUUCCUCAUUGAUUUGUAGAAAUUCUUCUAACGUUCUGGAAAGAAGUCCUUUGUCAACAAUGUGUACAACAGGGCUGAGCUCGCCGUUGCCCUUGGCCGUGGAGCCGUUUUUUGGCACCAAGGGCGCAGCAUCCGUGAUGAACGUAAUUCAGAUUGUUUGUGACCACUGGGUACAUACACUGGUACCCGUGGGAUUUGUCCUCGGAUGUUAUCUAGACAAAAAGAAUGAUGAAAAACUAACUGCCUUCCAGAACAAGAGUGUGUUGCUUAAAAGGGAAUUGAGACCCAGUGAAGAAGUCACCUGGAAGUAAAGGCUGUGACUGAAAUAAAGAAUGUUCACCUUAAAAAAAUUAGGAAAUAAAAA